AUGGCUGCUCAGCAAUCGCAAGGUAUUCAGACGUUACUAGAGGCCGAGAAGGAAGCGGCCAAGAUCGUGCAGCAGGCCCGUCAAUAUCGCGUCCAGAAACUCAAGGAUGCCCGGACAGAAGCUACCAAGGAGAUAGAGGAGUACAGGAAGGCCAAGGAGGCGGAAUUCAAGGAGUUUGAGGCUUCACAUGCUGGCGUUAUCCACAGUACCCAGCAAUCCGUCGACAAAGAUGCAGAGGUUAAGCUCAAGGAGAUCACUGACCAGUAUAAUGCCAACAAGGACAAGGUAGUCAAGAAGCUACUUGACCGGGUAGUCCUCGUCCAGCCAGAGCUGCACCGUAAUCUUAGGAAAGUCGGCCAGUAA